AUGGAAUCGUUGAGUGUGUUGGGAGAUAAGCUAGCAGCGGCCAUCCAUGCCGGGGAUUCCAAGGAGGCAGCUCUUCUGGUUUCUCAGUUGUCAAACAUGAAGCUGAAGCUGGAUAUCAACAUCAAACAGGAAGCGCAGGAGCAGCGGAAUAGUGAGCAAGAGUUUAGUGUGAGAGUUCAUGUGGAAGAUAGAAUCUCUGAUGGGUGCUACUUCUACCUCCUAGUGAAAUCUUCGGACACUAUACAAGACUUGAAAAGAAAGGUUAUGCUUAAAUACAACUUCCCAGAGGAAGUUCAGAGAUGGAUUAUUGGGAAAAAGAUACCCGAUAACGAGAAUAAACUAUCACAGUGUGGCGUCAAAGGGCCAGGGCACACACUGUAUCUUUACUUGGUGACUGCCAGAUCGGUGGGACUUUCAAGGCAAGAUUAUGAAUCCAGGCAUCAGGCAUUGGAACAAGCAGGGAUGGUAUCCAGCAAACAAUUUAUCCAGACUGGUUCAAGUUCGCCGGCACAAAGAGAAUCUCCAGAGCCUUACUGGCCAGCUCCCUUGUCACCACGAGAGACACAGACCCAGAACUACUCGAACAACCAUUCACCAGUCUUAGCCUCCUCUCCAGUGUUUGGGAUCGGGGAGGUUGAUUCCGGACAAAACUCAUAUGGACCUGCUCGGCAGACUUCCAAGAGGUCACUGAGUAGCGGGAGCUCACUAAUACAGGAAAUGUUAAUGGCUCCCAACCUGUCAAGCCUUGCUGCCUCGGAAAGUCAGCCCAAACUGGCUACUCAAGACAGUGGUAUAGGACACUGGCCAGCUGAUUUUGAGGGCGGGAUGCCCAGAUUACCGACUGCGACUAAGCCCAGGGCACCUUCUUCCACACCUCCAUCCAAAAAUGAGAAAAUUGGGUGGGAAUGUCCCAUGUGUACGUUCAUCAAUUUACCGAUGCGGCCAGGGUGCGAGAUGUGCUCUGGACCAAGACCUUCUAAUUACAAAAUUCCUUCCGACUACAAUAUGACCCCCGAAGAAGUUUUGCUGCUGGAGAAUGACAAGCGCUUGGAGAUGAUGACCAGAGAGGCAACACCAUCAGACAGACUUGCGAUGUUUUCACAACAGCCAGACUUUUUUGCCCAGCACAGGGACCAACAGAUAAAUGGAAUCAUGAACAAUAACAAUAUCGUCACUGAAAACCAUUGGGAUUCUUCAGUCAAUAAUCAGUUAAUUGACGAUGAAUACAUUUAUGUACCCAACGGAUCCGACUGGACUAAUGCACAAGAAGUGGCAUUGAGCGCGAGUCCCAGCUUUGAAGUUGAGACCAGACCACAGCAGCAUAAUUCUCGCUGGGGUCAAAACUCCAGGAGAAGUCUACCGGUUGCUGCCCCACCACCAUACCCUCAGCAGCUGCAGCCCAAUGUGCAGGCAGCAAAACGCAAUUCGAUUGCAUCUCAUUUAAUAAACUUUUUGUCCCAGAACGCAACACAACAUGAAUCCUCCGUGGACAAUUAA